AUGGAUGAAUUCAGCCGAGGACUGAGGCCUACGGACAGAUCUUUGCCAAUAGCUAAUAUAUCAAAGAUUAUGAAGAAGCCGAUUCCCAAAGAAGCCAAAGUCGCUAAAGAUGCGAAGGAAAUAAUGCAAAAGUCUGCGGGUGAGUUUAUAGCUAUAAUAACAUGCAGAGCCAAGGAAAUAUGCGAGUCAGAAGCCCGUAAGACUGUUACUGGAGAAGACUUAAUAAGAGCAAUGGACGAGCUGGAUAUGCCUUAUUAUGCCGAGCUGGCAAGGAAGUAUUAUAUUCAGUAUAGAGAACUUGCAAAAAACGAAAGGGUUCGAAAGUAUUCAAGAAGCUUUGACUACGGCAAGCCUUAA